AUGGCUAUAGCUAUUAAGUGCCAAAAUCUUAUAACCCUUCUCGUGUUACUCAACUUGGCAUUCUUGAUGAAUGCUCGACCUUUAAAUAUUCUAAAUACUGUUAUUUGUCCAGAUGAAAAUGAUCAGUUGUUUGAUCGGUUUUUUUUGGGUUCCAUUAAAGAAGGACCAAGUCCUGGCAUAGGGCACAAGGUCGAAGAUAAGGCAACUCUUGGAGGAAUCAAGGUCGGACCUAGUCUUGGAGCAAAAGACAGAUAUACACAUGAACCUAGCCAUAUAAUUGAAAAUGUGUUCAACAUUGAGACUUUGGUUGGAGUCAAAGAUGGACCAAGUCCAGGAAUUGGACACAAGGUUGUAAAUGUUGAAUCGCUUGGAAAUCUUAAGAACUCUGGUCCAAGCCCUGGUGCGGGUCACUAG